AUGGGUCGCGGCAAACUGAAGAUGGAGAUGAUUGAGGAGGAGAAAUCAAGAAUCCUUACUAUGAAGAAGCGAAAGAAAGGGCUAAUCAAGAAACUCCACCAACUCACCACGCUCUGCGACGUCCCCGCAUGCAUGAUCUUCCACGACCCCACCACCAAUUCCACCUCAGUCUGGCCGGAGGAGGAUCCUGACCAGGUCCGCAGCCUCAUUGAAGCCUACAAGGCCAAGAAAAAUGACCCCAGUGGCGGAGUAAGGGAGUACUUGCUGUCGAAUUUCUUCGACCAGCGGCAGAGGCAAGCCGAGGAGGAGCUCGAGAAGCUACGGAAGAAUAAUGUGGAGGGCAUGUUUCCGACGUGGGACGAUCACCUCAACUUCAUGGAUGAUGCCCAGUUGAGGGAAUUGGCUGCCACGGUGCGCGGCAAGGCCGAGAACCACAGCCAGCAGAGGAGGAGAGAAAGGAAUCAUUGUGGCGAAGGAGGUGGAGCCAGUAGUAAGGCCGCAAUGGCUGAUAGAGAAGCGUUGAUCGGCGCAAGAAGCCAAGCACGGUGGAACGGAGCAAAGGCUCCAUGGAGUUUAGCGAUUACUCACUGA